AAUGUCUGCUCUACCUCGAUGGUGUUGAGGGCUAGAACAGAGUGUCACUCCUGCAGCAUCGACAUUCCCUGUCCGUUAGGAUACACAAAGACCCCCGGAUCCAUGUCUACGGACUGCAAGUUCUACAUGCUGUAUAUGCCCGUCAGUGGCUGCUACUUCGAGUGCCACAAAGAGGUGCAGGUGAAGAGCUGCUGUCCAGGUUUCUGGGGUCCAGACUGUAUUGAGCUUCCUGAAUGUGUGGCUCUCAGCUGUCAGCAGAACUCUCGCUGUAUUGAAGAAGCUCUGACGGGACAGUUUGUGUGUCAGUGUCUGCCGGGUUACCAGAGAUCAGGAGCUCAGUGUGUGUCCAUUAACCCUUGUCUCCAGCGGAUCUGUCACGCCCAGGCCUCAUGCGUCCACACUGGUCCGAACCAGCACCUCUGUGCCUGCAACGAGGGCUACAGCGGGGAUGGACGAGUCUGCAUGGCCAUCGAUCCGUGUCAGAACAAACGGGGAGGCUGUGCCGCCGAGUCCACACGCUGCAUCUACGACGGACCCGGGAAGUCUCACUGCGAGUGUCUUCCUGGUUUUGACCUCCUGUCUAACGGCAGCUGUAGCCUGAUAGACUCCUGUAGACCUGAUUCCUGUCACAAGAACGCCAACUGCACCAUGUUGAGCCCAGGAAGAAUCAAGUGCACCUGUCUCCCGGGUUACAUUGGCAACGGUGAAGUUUGUCACGGGAACAUCAUCCAGCGUCUGAACGCUCUGAACACACAACCUGGAGGACAGUGGAGCGGUCAGCUGAGCAACGCCAUCACUCUGUUUGGUUCUCUUUCGUGGCCUCUGCAGAAUUUGGGUCCUUUCACUCUGUUUGUCCCGAUCAAUAAAGGCUUCAGGGGAAUUUCAAUACGGACUCUGACAGCCAAACUGCCCAAAGCUAAAUACCUGUGUAAGAUGCACCUGGUUGCCGGGGUGAUGCCCUUUGACACGCUAAAGAAGACUAACAUCUUUUACACCCUGACUGGAAAAGGAGCUGACAUCGACACGUCAGAGGGGGACUCUCAGACUAAAAUCCGAAUCCAUGGCAGCAGGAAGAAAGGUACAAUCAUCCAGUCGGAUAUGGUGGCGUCCAACGGGAUGAUUCACAUCAUCAAUAAGCUGAUGGACAGUGUUUCUCCCACAGUGGAGAGCGACACACAGGAGAAUCUGAUGAAGAUCAUUGCUGACUACGGAAAGUUUGAAAAGUUCAAGUCUUUAUUGGAGAAAGCUGACCUGGCGUCAGUCCUGGACCUUCCUGGUCCAAUCACCGUCUUUGCUCCCAGCAGUUCAGCCUUUGAUUCGAUGACUGAAGGACACCUGCAGUAUCUCAGCAGUGCCAAAGGUCACAACAAACUGGUGGAGCUGCUCAGGAACCACAUCGUCCAGUCCACGGCGCUGGAGGUCUAUAACGCUGUGUCCACUCCCAGAAUUGUGACUAUGGCCAAUCAGGUUUUGACAAUUAGCGUGACAGAAAAUGGUCAGAUUUUGGUGAACGAAGCGGCGGUGUUGGAGGCCGCAGUGGAAGCUAAAAACGGACGUCUGUAUGUUCUGGAUGGAGUUUUGACUCCGCCCUCCAUCCAACCUGUGCUGCCCCACAGGUGUGACAUCAAUGAGACCAAAAUCUUCGAGGGUCAAUGUGAGAGCUGCUCAGAGGUCAAACACUGCUCAUCUGGAGACUAUACCGGCUCCUUCACCAGCGGAUGUGUCUUCAAUAUGGACUUACUCGAUAUUAGCCUCCCGGUAAAAGGCUGCGCUCCUCUCUGCAGUGCCAAUGUCACGACUCCAACAUGUUGUAAAGGCUUCUACGGUCCGGACUGCAGUCCCUGUCCAGGAGGAUACCAGACUCCAUGCUCCGGACACGGUCAGUGUCUGGAGGGGAUUGGAGGAAAUGGAUCCUGUAUCUGUGAUUCGAAGUUCCGAGGCUCUCGCUGUCAGUACUGCUCCUCCUCCGACAGAUACGGACCCAACUGUGACAGAACCUGCCCCUGUAUCCACGGACAGUGUGACAACCGUCCGGACUCAGACGGCCGCUGUAAAGUGGGCUCCUGUCUGUCGGGUUUCACCGGUCCGUUCUGCGAGCGCCGGACGGCAGCCUGCGGCGUUCAGGCUCAGUUCUGUCACGCCCAUGCAGACUGUGACUUUAGCAAGGGAACCACCAGGUGUGUCUGUAAACCUGGUUACCAAGGUGACGGUAUCACCUGCGUGGAGUCAGACCCCUGUGCUCUUCCUCAGCGCGGCGGCUGCAGCGUGAACGCCAAAUGCAUAAAGACAGGACCAGGUUCUCACUCCUGUCAGUGUCUGACUGGAUGGAGGGAGGACGGAGACGAGUGUCAGCCAAUCAACAACUGUGACGGUCCUGACAGAGGAGGCUGCCACCCCAACGGCACCUGUAUCUACAUCGGACCUGGACAGAGUGACUGUAUGUGUAAAUCCGGCUACAAAGGAAACGGGCAAGACUGUGAAGCUGUUAAUCAAUGUGUAACUGCAACUGGAACCUGCCAUUACUUAGCCACCUGCCGCCUGCUGUCCUCUCAGUGGACGUGUGUGUGCAAUGAUGAAUACACUGGAAAUGGACACAUAUGUUACGGUACAGUCCAACAGGAGCUGAUGGUUCUGCCAGAUGCCUCAGAGUUCCUCACAUGGACAACUGAGACCGGUUUGUCUUGGACUCUGGUGGAUCAGAACAUUACACUCCUGGUUCCGUCUUCAACUGCCAUUGCUAAAAUUUCUUCAGAGGACAAAAACUUCUGGACCAUGAAGGAAAACCUGCCGAGUCUCAUCAGAAAUCACAUAAUCCCGGGUAAUCAUCCAAUAUCCAUCCUGAGCAACACUUCCUCUCUGACUUCCCUUCUGAAGACAUCACUUCCUGUUACAACAACCAAUGAGCUCACAGCUGUUGGAGGAGCAACAAUCACCACACCAAACCUAGCCGCUACCAAUGGAUUGAUCCACAUCAUCGAUAAGGUUUUGGUUCCUGAGAGGAAGCUGAGUGAAGGUCUGCUGGCGACUCUCGCUCUGAGCCCCGACUUCUCUCUGUUCAGAUCGUAUCUCAUCAAUUACAAUCUGAUGGACGAGAUCAGACAGAUGGAAGAGUACACUGUCUUCGCUCCAACAAACGCUGCCAUCGCUGAUUACCUCAAGACAAUAGCUGCAACUGCAUUGGAUGUGAAUACGACUCGUUACCACGUGGUUGCGUCGGAGCGUCUGCUGGAGAGUGACCUUCAGUCUGGAGGAUACAAAAAGACGCUGCUUGGGUUCUCCUUCCAGCUCGGCAUCUAUCCACGAGACGGAAAGCUAUUUGUGAACGAUGCUCAGAUAAACUCCUCCAACAUCCUGAGCAUUAACGGAGUCAUUCAUGGUCUGUCGGCGGUUCUACGCAUCAACAGGAACCGCUGUGAUGAGGCCAAACAGCAGAAAAUCAUGGGGACCUGUGUGGACUGUUUGUUCCCACAAAGCAAACCCUGCCCGAAUGACACGAUACCGGAUAAAUUAGUGAAGAGGAGGAAGUGUAUGCUGAGUCGGAUGUUUGAAGAAGAGCGCCUGCUGACGAUCGGCUGCAAAGCGUCCUGCCUGCAGACCCACAUGGUGCUGCGGUGUUGUGGAGGGUUUUUCGGGGAGCACUGUGAGCCAUGUCCCGGCCCAAAGGAUCAGCCCUGCUUCGAUAACGGAGUCUGUUCGGACGGGACCAACGGGACUGGAGUCUGUCAGUGUAACCGAGGGUUCAAUGGGACCGCCUGCGAAACCUGCGAGAGCAACAAAUACGGAGUCCACUGCGAUCAGGAGUGCGGCUGUAAAAAUGGCCGCUGUAACGACGGGCUGAGCGGCAAUGGGGCGUGCGAGUGUGACAUUGGUUGGAGAGGAGUCCUCUGUGACGAAAAGAUUGAAUCUGCAGAUGAUGAACUGUGCGGCUCGGUGAAAUGUCACACAAGCGCAAACUGUGUGAUCGCGCCGCCCUUCUCUCGGUGUAUCUGUGUUAUUGGAUUUGAAGGAAACGGAUCUUUUUGUCAAGUUAAAGACCCCUGUCUGGAGCAUAAUGGUGGCUGCAAUCCGAACGCGAUCUGUAAGAGGACUCGACCCGGCAGAAGGGAAUGCGUCUGUGACCGUGGUUACUCCGGUGAUGGAAUUGUGUGCGUGGAAAUCAAUCCGUGUCUGAAAGGAAACGGCGGCUGCCAUGUCAACGCGGACUGCAUUCACAUCGGACCAAACAAAACUUCCUGCGCCUGCAAAUUUGGUUACUUAGGCAAUGGACAGAACUGCAAGAUGAUCGACUACUGCCUAAAGAAAAACGGCGGCUGUCCCGUUAACUCUCGGUGUAACAUGACGAAACCAGGUUUUCGUAAAUGUUGGUGUCCCAAAGACCAUGUGGGAGACGGUUUCACCUGCAUAGGCAACAUGGCGCAGGAGCUCCUGAAGAAAAGGCGAGACUUUUACCUCGCGGUGAUGAUUUUGGAAAUUCCUCUGACAGGUCGCGGCCCGUUCACCGUCUUUGCUCCGCCCGCUGGCGCCUUUAGCGCCCUCAGAAAGCAAGUAGGUCUGGUGUCGGUUGCUCGUACGGUGUGGGUCUGCGUGCUUGGUUGCUGCUACGGUGUGGGUCUGGUGUCGGUUGCUGUACGGGUGUGGUGGUCUGGUGCUCAGUCGCUGUACGGUGUGCGUCUGGUGUCGGUUGCUGUACGGUAUGAACCUGAGUCCAGAUUCAUCAUCAAUGGUGCUAUCGUGGAUACCUUCAACGGCGAUGGCACUAACGGGAUUCUCUAUGAGGUCAGCAAGCCUCUGAUUCCUCUCGACAUUAACGGAAUAAAAGAGCCAGUUGGUCCUCUGAACCUGACGGAUGUGGCUGAACGUCACGGUUAUAAAACCUUCUACAAACUGCUGGAGGACACAGGUGUGAUGGACCUGGUGAAUGAUGCGAUCAACGAGCCGGUGACCAUUUUCAUGCCCUCAGACACCGCCAUGGCGUCUCUGCCACAGGAGCAGAAAGACUUCCUGUUCCACCGAGACAACCGACCACAGCUGAAGGAGUACCUGAAGUACCACAUCUUGCAGGCCCAGAAGAUUUACGCCGAAGGUUUGAUCCAUCUGGACUCGGUUCGGACUCUGCAGGGUUCCCCGCUCUCGUUCACCUGUGGCGGGUUGGAUGACAUCGGAGAAAUCUUUGUUAAUGACGGAAAGUGUCGGAUCGUUCAGAGACACCUCGUCUUUAAUGGUGGAAUCGCCUACGGGAUCAACUGCCUGCUGACUCCACCCAGCCUCGGAGGACGCUGCGAUGAACAGACCACCUUUGAGCUUCGGAGUAAAUGUGGACUGUGCUCGUCCUCAGCUACUCGCUGUCCCGGAGAGUCCAAACUGAAGGAGGUGCAGAAGUGCGAUCUUCCCACUAUGUUCAUCUCUAAAAACUCUGGCUGUAUCAGCGUCUGCAUCGUCAACUUCUGGCGGUCAAAGUGUUGUCAUGGUUAUUAUGGACGAGACUGUCUGGUCUGUCCCGGCGGAGUCAGCUCUCCGUGCAGUAACCGCGGUAAAUGUGACGAUGGUCAACUUGGUAACGGUACCUGUACCUGUGACGUGGGUUUUGGGGGCGUGGCCUGUGAGCUGUGCAGUGAUGGAUUCUACGGACCCACCUGUAAAGCCUGUAACUGUUCAGAACACGGGUCCUGUGACGCCGGACGGAGAGGUACAGGUUCAUGUUUCUGUGAGGACGGCUGGACCGGAGAACGCUGUGAGACCCCGCAAGCUGAAAUCUUUCAGUGUUCUCCGCCCUGUUCUCCAAAAGCUGUCUGUCGGGAAAACAACACAUGUAUGUGUCGGCCAUUUUAUGAAGGAGACGGCUUCACCUGUACAGAGAUGGACAUGUGUCAGAUCUGGAACGGCGGUUGUGCUAAAGGAGCCAAGUGUUCUCAGACAGGAGAGAAGGUGAGCUGCACCUGUCCUAAAGGUCACACUGGAGACGGGUUCAACUGCCAGCCCAUUGACCGCUGUUCCUUAGCAGACAACGGUGGCUGCCACGAACAUGCCACCUGCACCCCAACGGCGCCGGGGAAGUCGAGGUGCACCUGUAAGGACAACUACAUCGGAGACGGAGUCACCUGUGAGGUCAAACAGCUGCCAAUCAGCCGCUGCCUCCAAGACAACGGGCGAUGUCAUCAAGACGCCAAAUGCACCGACCUCCACUUUGAAGAUACAACGUUUGGUGUGUUUCACUACCGUUCAUACAAAGGUCAGUACAAACUGAACUACACUGAAGCCCAAAAGGCCUGCUCUGCAUUGGGAGCUAACCUGGCUACAUACAAUCAGCUGUCCUAUGCUCAGCAGGGUGGGUUGAACUUGUGUGCUGCCAGCUGGUUGGACAAGGCCCGUGUGGCGUACCCCACCACCUAUUCCAAUCCCAACUGUGGCUUCGGACAUGUGGGCAUCGUGGACUAUGGCACCCGCAAAGACCUGGGGGAGACCUGGGACACCUUCUGCUACCGGAUGAAGGAGGUGAAGUGUGAGUGUAGGCUCGGUUACGUUGGAGAUGGUUUCAGCUGUACAGGAAACCUGCUGCAGGUCCUCGAGUCCACACCGACCUUCUCCAACUUCCUCACGCAAAUCCUCAACUCGUCUCAGGUGUCUGAGUCUGGGAGGAACCUGGUGAAACGUCUCAGCAACCUGACGGUCCAGUCCACACUGUUUGUACCCGACAACAACGGCCUACCCAACAACCAGACUCUGUCCCAGCAGGACAUUGAGUUUCACCUGUCGGAGGGUCAGGCUCUUCCUGUCGGACAGCUGAAGAACGGCAGCAGGAUCAGAACUCGUGUCGGCAGUCUGACCGUCCUCGGUGUCGCUGACCUACUCAACCCCUCAGCUCUGUCGUCUUUUUACAUCAACAACCGCUUCAUCACUGAGUCGGACAUCCUGGCUUCAAACGGGCUCAUACAUGUUCUCCAGGGACCACUGAAAGCCCCGCCUCCUCGCCACGAGAUGCACGUGGCUCAUAAGGCGGGGAUGGGAGUUGGAGUGGUGGUGCUGAUAGUUCUGGUGGCAGGAGUCAUCUUUGUCGGAUACCACUUCUACACCCACAACACCAAACCCUUCCAGUUCCACUACUUCAAGGAGGACGAAGGGGAGGAAGAAGAAGCUCCACCUGCAGACUGCAGUCGCAGCAUCUCCAACCCGGUUUAUGAAGCAGCUUCAGAAUCAGCCGAGGCCAAAACAUCUAAUGUCACAGCGGAGGACAAACAUGAGGUGGUGAAUGGAGGAUCAUACAACUUGCUGCAGGACAGCUGAGAGGGAAAGUGCUGCUGCUCCCUACUGGACUGGAACAAUCAGAACUGAUUUUAUACCACUGUGGUUUGAAAGUCCUCUGACCAGCCUCAAACGAAGUUUCAUCAUGGACUUGUGCACUGAUAAAUGACAGACAGCUGUGUCCUGUCUCUGGUUUGUCUUUCUGAGGACUGAACUGCCUCCUAAACCAGUGCUUAGCCGCCUGUCCCCACAAGAAAACCAACACUAAUGAUGUGUUAAGAUGCGUUGAAUUAACUUAAAGUCUGACAUCUCCAGAUUUUUCCAAACUGUGACAUGAAUGGACAGAUUAAAGAGACACUUUACUGCCACUGAUAAAGAUUCAAUUUGAUGUUUGAAAAAAAAAAAAAAA